CAGUGCUUUGCAAGAGCUCACUCCAGCUGCAGAGAUGACUUUCAACGGCACCUGGAAGGUUGACAGAAGUGAUAACUAUGAUAAGUUUAUGGAACAUAUGGGGGUCAAUGUUGUGAAGAGGAAGCUUGCAGCCCAUGACAACCUGAAAAUUAUAAUUCAGCAAGAUGGGAAUAAAUUCGUCGUCAAGGAGUCCAGCACUUUCCGGACAAAAGACAUUGAAUUCACGCUGGGAGUAGCCUUCGACUAUUCCUUGGCAGAUGGAACAGAACUGAAUGGCUCGUGGGAAACCGAUGGAGACAAACUUGUGGGAAAAUUCAGCAGGAAAGACAAUGGCAAAGUACUCACAACAGUGAGAGAUAUUGUUGGGGGUGAAAUGGUUCAGUCAUACAGCUACGAAGGAGUUGAUGCAAAGAGAAUCUUCAAGAAAGAAUAAACUUGAAGUUUGUCUCAUUACAACACUUUCGAAUAAAGUUUAUCCUAU